CUCAGUUUAGUUACACCCGUAUUUUCUAUUCUUCACCUCGAAUUCGCACUGAUUGCUUGAAAUGAAUAAACCCUCUACCAAAACGAAUUCCAUCUUAGUUAAUAUUAGACAAAAAGGUAAUCCAGUUUUAAAGUUUAUUCGUAAUGUACCCUGGCAAUAUGCAUCAAUUAUUCCUGAUUAUAUAGUUGGUGAAACAGCCUGUAUAUUGUACCUAAGUCUUAGAUACCAUCAACUAAAUCAAAAUUAUAUACAUGAAAGAUUGAAGGAAUUAGGACAUUUAUUUGAAUUAAGAGUUUUGAUUAUUCAAGUUGAUAUAAAGGAUCCUACUCACUUGUUAAAAGAAAUAACAAAAAUAUCCAUAUUAUCUGAUUGCACACUAAUUCUGACUUGGAGUCAAGAUGAAGCAGGCAGAUACAUAGAGACAUUUAAGGCUUACGAAAAUAAACCAGCUGAUCUUAUAAUGGGCAAAGAUUGUGAAAAUACUAUUUCACCCUCUGAGGAUGAUGUAAUGGGUGAUGUUAAUAUUACUGAUAAAGAAAUAAAAUCCAAUCAACAACACUUAAAUCAAUACAUUAACUGCUUGUCAGCUUCAAAAUGCGUCAAUAAAACCGAUAGUCAAACAUUUUAUAAAGCCUUCAAUGGAAAUUUAUCGAAGUUGAUUCAAACAGCUACCAUAAGGGAAGGUGAAGAUCUGGAAAUUUUGCCCGGAAUAGGAACUUUAAAGGCUCAAAAAUUAUCAAAAUUGUUUAAAGCCCCUUUCGUUAUUUCUUAAUUUUAUAAUUUUAAUAAAUGGGUAUAUGAAUA